CAGAGGCGAGGUGGUCACGUCUCGAAAAAAUAACGUUUGUCAAAUUAACGUCAAACGUUGAAAGGUGUUGCAUUUUAGCUAAAUCUAACCCCUUCCCUAACAUUCACCGAAGCAUCCUGCUACGUUAAUUCUCCUAACCUGCUACAAAAAGUAACAUCUCACAAAAGCUGAAUCCCUUCUAGCCAUGACCAGGCGAGGUCGAGGACAGUCGCAAAAAUAACUCCAAAACGUCUCCCCACAGUCUCAGCCCCUGGCAUCAACAGUUUUACGGCAAAUGGAAUAUGGCGGAAGGUGAAACAUCGUUAAACGGACUGGAGCUCAGUAAGAGAUGGCGGGAUGCUGCGGACUGCGGGGCAGAGAUGCUCUGCUUCGUGGUGGAGCAGGUGCCACAGAUCUACUGCCUGGAGGUGGAGUCCAACUCUCAGGAGGAGGAGGAAGUGGUGCAGAGCCGUCUUCUGCAGCCACUGGAGUGGUUCCUGUUCGGGGAGGACCCUCAGGCCGGCCUGGAGAAGCUCCAGCAGGGCAGUGCCUCCUCACAGCUUUGUGGACGUGUCUUCAAGGAGGGGGAGACUGUCUACUCCUGCAGGGACUGUGCGAUAGAUCCCACAUGCGUACUGUGCAUGGACUGCUUCCAGGACAGUGUGCACAAGGGCCAUCGUUAUAAAAUGCACGCUUCAUCAGGAGGGGGGUUCUGUGACUGUGGGGAUCUGGAGGCCUGGAAGACUGGGCCCUGCUGCUCCAAACACGACCCAGGGGCUGCCACUGCCAUGGAAACGGAUGAGUGUGUGUUAGAGCCUGGUUUACGUGAGCGUGCCCAGAAGCUCUUCCAGGUUCUCCUGCGCUACGCUACAGAUCUGCUGGUGUGGGAGGAGAGCUAUGAGCUAGCAGCAGAACUGCAGCCCAGGGUGAAGGAGGACACAUACUACUGUGUACUCUACAACGAUGAGCACCACUCAUAUGACCAUGUGAUCUACACCCUGCAGCGCUCUGUUCAGUGUGACCACAGUGAGGCACAUACUCACACAGCCCUCAUUGACAAAGAGGGUCGCAGGGCAGUGAAGCGAGGGAAGCUCCGGUCUUGCCAACAAGCCAAGGACCUCAUCAGGUCCCACUCGGAGCACAUCUCCCUGCAGCCCCUUCGUGUGGAGAUCCUCCACUCUGCGGUCAUGGCCCACCAGAGCUUUGCCAUGCGACUGGGCGCCUGGUUUCAGCAGAUCAUCGGCUACUCAGUGGGGUUCAGGCAGGUGUUCUGCCAGGUGGCUCUGGAGCCCAGCUCAGAGGGGGACCAGCCCAGCCUCAUCAGCCGACUCAUGCUGCAUGACUCCAGGCUGUACAAAGGAGCCCGCAAGUUCAUCCAUGAGUUGAUCUUCUGUAGCCUGCUGAUGGAGACCGAGUACAAGAGGCGCUUUGCCAUUGAGUUCACCAAGCAUUACAAACAACUGCAGAAGGACUACACACUUGAUGACCAUGAGAGGAGCAUAUCCAUUACAGCUCUAUCUGUGCAGAUCUUCACCGUACCCACUCUGGCCAGGCAGCUGAUUGAGGAAGGGAAUGUGAUCAAGGUGAUCGUUGACACCGUCAUGGAGCUGCUGUCGGAGCACCUGGAUGCCAACCAUCGCUUCCACUUCCAGGGGUACAACUCAGACAAGUUCUUCCGGAUCCAGGUGAUCUUCCACGACCUCAGGUACAUUCUGAUCAGCAAGCCCUCUGUGUGGACUGAGGAGCUGAGGACCCAGUUCCUGGAGGGGUUCAGGGUCUUCCUGGGGCUCCUCCACUGCAUGCAGGGUAUGGAGGAGGUGAAGCGGCAGUUUGGUCAGCACAUCGAGGUCGAGCCUGAAUGGGAGGCUGGGUUUUCUAUCCAGAGACAGCUACGACACAUCCUCGUCAUGUUCCAGGACUGGUGUUCAUCUGAUGAGACUGUUCUCCUCAUGUCCUUCAGGGAGUGCCACAGGGCGCUGAUGCGCUGCAAUAACCAACCCUUUCAAAGCGAGGCCACAGACUACUACAUGUGUAAACACAUCCUCCAUGUCAGCCCAUACAAGGUGUCCCAGGAGCCUGUCAGCAUACACCUGCCCAUCUCCAGGGCGCUCGCAGGCCUGUAUGUACAGCUGUGUUAUACAGGGGCAGUCAAACGCCUCCACGAAUUCCUGGAUCCAGAGAGCUGUGACUUCACCUGGUUUGCGGAGCACCCUCUGCGCUGUGUGGUGCUGGCUGCCCAAGUCUCAGCUGAGAUGUGGCGCAGGAACGGCCUCUCGCUCGUCAGCCAGGUGUAUUAUUACCAUGACGUAAAAUGCAGGGAUGAGAUGUUUGACAAGGAUGUCAUCAUGCUACAGAUCGCUGCUUCCAAAAUGGACCCCAACCACUUCAUUAUGCUGAUCUUGCAGAGAUUUGAGCUCUUUGAUGUGUUCAAUGGAAGUCUCGCAAGCAAAGACCAAGAACUGCUGAAACAGUGGAACCGGUUAACAGAAGAGAUGCUCUACCUCCUCAUCAUCAUUGUUGGGGAGCGGUAUGUCCCAGGGAUCAGUCACGUGACCAAAGAGGAUGUGACUAUGAGGGAGGUGAUCCACCUGCUGUGUAUUCAGCCCAUGGCUCACAGCAGCCUGGUCAAGGGCCUGCCAGAGAACGAGAGCCAUGAAACUGGCCUGGAAACUGUCAUUCCAAAAGUUGCCACCUUCAAGAAGCCAGGUGUUUCCGGACACGGCUUGUAUGAGGUGAAAAAGGAGUGCCUGCCGGAAUUCAAUCCCUUCUUCUUUCACUAUUCUAAAUCUCAGCAUAGCAAGGCAGAAGAUGCUCAGAAGAAGAGAAGAACUCAGGAGGGCAGUGACAAAGCCCUGCGUCCCCCUGUCCCCCCUCCCUUUUGCCCAGCCUUCUCCAGCAUAGUGCAUCUGCUGUGUUGUGACAUCCUCAUCCACAUCCUCAGACGAGUACUGCAGAGAGCUGUGGAGGACCGGGCCACCUACUGGACAGAGGCCAUGAUCCAGAGGUCCCUGCACCUUAUAGGCCAGGGUCUGUUGGAGGAGAAGGCCCAGUUGGGAACAAGCACUGUGGAGCAGGUCACCUUUGACUUCAGCCUCAAAGCUCGCACGAUUGGCUCCGAGCAUCGUAAAUCUGUGUUCCACCUCCUGUCCAAGAUGACGGCUCUUCCUUCCUUGGAAGCCCAGAAGGAUAUGAUUAAGUGGACACUGCAGAUGUUUGAGAUGGUGAAGUGCCUUAGGGAGAAGUCCAGCCCAGCAGCCUCUAUGAGCGUGGAGCAGACCAAGCCAGAAGAGAUCGUCCCUGACAAAGACAAAGCCGAGCGGAAGAGGAAAGCGGAGGCAGCCAAGCUCCAUCGGCAGAAGAUCAUGGCCCAGAUGUCGGCCAUGCAGAAGAACUUCAUUGAGUCACACAAGAUGCUGUAUGACAACAUGCCAGAGAGUUCCCAGGGGGAGCCUGUGGCCUCCAGAGAGAGCUGUGCCAUGGAGCUGGGAGAGUUGUGCGUGGCUGUGGGGCCUCAACGGGGCUCCACCCCGGCUGAGAGGGAGGUGCUGACCUGCAUACUAUGUCAGGAGGAGCAGGAGGUCCAGGCCCGCUCUCCAGCCAUGGUGCUGACCGCCUGUGUCCAGAGGUCCACCGUGCUCACACAGUGCCGGGGGAAGACUCUGGCCAACAAUGAGACCAUGUACCCCCUCUUCAUGCCACCUGACCUGGCUGUGGGGACUCACACUGGCAGCUGUGGCCAUGUCAUGCACGCCACCUGCUGGCAGAAGUACUUUGAGGCAGUCCAGAACACCACACGGAACCGGCUCCAUGCUGAGCUCAUCAUUGACCUGGAGAACGGGGAGUACAUGUGCCCGCUCUGCAAGUCCCUGUGCAACACUGUUGUUCCUCUCAUCCCCUUGGAACCACUCACACUUAACUAUGAGAAUGCAGAGCUGGUGGGACAGCUCCUCACCCUCCCUCGCUGGAUCCAGAUCCUCUCUGCCAGGAUCAAAGGACUCAAGUCUGUCGCUCAGGGACCAGAAAGCAGCAGUGAGACUAUCAGUGACGGAGACACUGCCCUCUGCGGGGAAGGCCAGCCAGACUUCCGCUCUAUCCUCAGCUUUGGAGUAAAAGAGCCGAGGAAGUACUCUGACAGCAUAGCGGAGAUGCUGGUGGUGUGUGCCACCACGGUGCACAGGGUGGGGCUGCAGACGGGGCCUAACGAGCUGUGUCCCGCCGUGCCCGUCAUGUCCUGGAACACCUGUGCCUUCACCAUCCAGGCCAUUGAGAACUUGCUACAGGAAGAGGAUAAGACACUGUUUGGCUCUUUACAAAACAGACAGCUUGCGGGCCUGAAGGCUGUGGUUCAGUUUUCUGCAACCCAACGCCUCAAGAGCUCCCAGGCUGUCAUUCAGAAGCAUUUCACAGACAUGUUAGGAGCCUUGUUACCCACCAUGAGUUCAGAGAGCACACCUUCUAUUCUAGAAGUAGACUUCUUCCACCUUCUGGUGGGGCUGGUGCUUGCCAUUCCAGCUCUCUACCAGGAGGAGGCGGUAGACCUGCAACCCUCUGCUGUCAGUUCUGCCUACAACCACCUUUACAUCCUGCACCUGGUCACCAUGGCCCACAUGGUGCAGGUCCUCCUCUCCUCCACAGAUGACACAGCAGUGUUUGGGGGAGAGGAGGGAGAGGCGGAGAGGGCAGCAGCAGAGCUCUAUGCCGCUGUGUCACAGUGUACCGGCGGGCUGAGGUCAGACGUGUCUGGGAGCUCAGUGGCAGACAGAGUGAGGAGAGGGGUCACGCCCUUCCUGCGCUGCGCUGCCCUUUUCUUCAAUUGCCUUACAGGGGUGCCCCCUCCAGAGGAGCUCUCCAGUACUACGGUUACAUCUCAAGGCCAGAUGGAGGCACUGUGCAGUUAUCUGGCAUUGCCCUGCGAUGUGUUCCAGCUCUUCCGGGAGCACCGUGGGACUGUCUUUCCCUUAUUACAGAGAUGGUGUGGGCACCCAGCUGUAACCAAAGCCCUAAAAGGGGAAAUGCAGACAAUCAGUUAUCCCAGGAAAAGGAAUCGGUUAAUUGAGCUUCCUGAGGAUUACAGUGCGCUCCUCAAUCAAGCCAGUCACUUUCAGUGUCCUAACUCCACAGACGAUGAGAGGAAGCACCCCACCCUGUGCCUCUUCUGUGGGACCAUCUUGUGCUCCCAGAGCACCUGCUGUCAUAGCCAGCUUGACGGGGAGGAGGUGGGCGCCUGCACCGCACACGCUGCCACCUGUGGGGCUGGAGUGGGCAUGUUCCUCAGGAUAAGAGAGUGUGAGAUGGUCCUGAUGGCCAGUAAGACACGAGGAAGCACCUACCCAGCCCCUUAUCUUGAUGACUACGGAGAGACUGACCCACAGCUAGGGAGGGGGAACCCCCUGCACCUGUGCCCUGAAAGGUACCGGAAGCUCCACCAGCUGUGGCAGCAGCACUGUAUCCUGGAGGAGAUCGCCCGUAGCCUGGAGGUGGUCAACGUCAUGUUUGCUUUCGAAUGGCAGAUGCUGUGAGCCCAAGACCAGGUUAUGUGUGCUGCUGGGUAGGGCCAAGGUCUGGAGGCCACAGCCAGGGGGCACAGCCCACACACACACAUAUAUAUAUACACACACACACACACACACCCACACGCCCACCUACAUAUGUCAUGGCCGGGAGCGGUGCGCCCCUGUGCAGCCAUUCCUCCCCAGGAUCCCAAAGGGAGUGCAGAUAGGACAGAGAGCGAUGAGGAGGAGAUGGUUGGGAACUGAAGUCACCUUGUUUGAAUUUGUCUGCUGUGAGAGGGCUAUGAGUAAUGCUAGGAAUAACGUCCCCCUUCUCCAUAGAAAAUCUUAUUAAAGGAAAAUACAUCUAUCAAACACCCCAGUAUCUUUAUGCCGUCAGCUUGUGUAUAUAAACUCUCUCCCAAGUGAUGCUGUGAAUUAUCUUCCAUCUCCUUUUGUUUUAAACUUUAUAGAGAUGAUAAAACAAUGGCUUUAGUGAGUCUUGCAGUGUGGGAGUUGAGUUUACUCUUUUGCAAAUGUCUUUGGGAUCAUGCUUCCUGUUUCUAUAUUUUUUGCUUUCUGUCACAGUAGACUGUUUGCAUGGCACCUAGCCCAUGUUACUGACCAUCACCCUUUUUAAAUUAUAUAAAUAGAUGUCUUUCCACAAAUAGAGUACAUUUUGGUUAGUGUAACUUUGUAAAAAAAAUAAUAAUUUCACCUCAUUUUAACAUUGGCAUAAAGACCAUGUUAAACUUAAUAAAAAAAACAUGUUUUCCAUCUCAAGGAGUUAAAUAAAAAAAGGACUAGUAAGGGCCGGUAAAGUGGCAUUAAAGUAACAGGAUUGAGGGUUUUCAUCUUAAAUCAGUCAUGAAUCUCCCUGUGACGGGGAAUGAAAGCUUGUUGUGUGCAAGCUUCAGACAUUUAAAAUAAAAUCAGACACUUAAAAUAAAAUCAAAGCAUUUCAAGCCUAUCUAUCUACGGGUAAUAGGGUUGACGUGGUAUCCUCGACAGACUCAGUUUUCCACCACAAAACACCAGAGAAUUGCCAAAAAUACUAGAUCCAGAUCACCUGUUUUUACACUAUGAUUUCACUAUUAGAUGUUCAAUGUUUCUUUAAAAAAAUAUAUUUUAACAAGGAAUUCAUUCACCAUAUUAAAACGAGAGUUCUGUCCACUCACCAGGGUUGACCUUAAAAUGAGGGACAUGUGAUUUAACACAUAACAAUUUAUUUUAUCUUCAGAAUUGACUUUGUCAAAACCUCAAAAACUAGGGCUUUACAAUGAUGGUGAGAACUUGGAGACGUUAUGGGGUUAAGUGGGUUAAAACCUUCCUAGAAGUCGGAAAACAUGACGAGGGACAUCUGAUUUCUUGAAUUUUCCAUGUGGUCUAUAUUAAAUAGCACAUCAUUCUAAUGUAAUGGGCUUCUAAAAUUCAUUAUUUGUGCACAAUUUCUGUUUAAAUAUUAAAGGGAUGCAAAAGGUACUCUAUUCAUGGAAUGACCCAGAUAAUGUACAGUGCCUUCAGAAAGUAUUCAUACCCCUUGACUUAUUACACAUUUGGUUGUGUUACAGCCUGAAUUCAAAAGGGAUUAAGUCGUUUUUUUCUCACCCAUCUACACACAAUACCCCAUAUUGACAAAGUAAAGAAAAUAAAUUUAUUUAGCAAAUUUGUUUGUAAAUGAAAUGCAGAAAUAUAUCAUUUACAUAAGUAUUCAGGCCCCUGAGUCAAUACAUGUUAGAAUCACCUUUGCCAGCAAUUACAGCGGUGAGUCUUUCUGGAUAAGUCUCUAAGACCUUUGCACAACCGGAUUGUACAAUAUUUGCACAUUGUUUUUCAGUCUUCAAGCUCUGUCAAGUUGUUUGUUCAUCAUUACUAGACAGCCAUUUUCAAGUCUUGCCAUAGAUUUUCAAGCAGAAUACUGUAACUAAGCUACUCAGGAACAGUCAGUGUCGUCUUGGUAAGCAACUCCAGUGUAUAUUUGGCCUUGUGUUUUAGGUUAUUGUCAUGCUGACAGGUGAAUUCCUCUCCUAGUGUCUGGUGAAAAGCAGACUGAACCAGAUUUUCCUCUAGGUUUUCAAAUUUCUUUGCAGUAUUAAUUUAGUGCCUUGUUGCAAACAGGAUGCAUGUUUUUGAAUAUUUUAUUCUGUACAUGCUUCCUUUUCACUCUGUCAAUUAGGUUAGUAUUGUGGAGUAAUUACAAUGUUGUUGAUCCUUUCUCAGUUUUCUCCUAUCACAGCCUUUAAACUCUUAACUGUUUGAAAGUCACCAUUGGCCUCUCCAGCAACUGAGUUAGGAAGGACGCCUAUAUCUUUGUAGUGACUGGGUGUAUUGAUACACCAUCCAAAGUGUAAUUAAUAACUUCACUAUUGCUCAGUGAUAUUUAAUGUCGGCUUUAAAAAAAAUGUUUUUACCCAUCUGACAAUAGGUGCCCUUCUUUGCGAGGCAUUGGAAAACCUCCCUGGUCUUUGUGGUUGAAUUUGUUUGAAAUUCACUCCUCGACUGAGGUACUUUACAGAUAAUUGUAUGUGUGGGUUACAGAGAUGAGGUAGACAUAAAAAAAAAUCAUGCUAAACACUUAUUGCACACAUUGAGACCGUGCAACUUCUAUGACUUGUUAAGCAAAUUUUUACUCCUGAACUUAUUUAGGUUUGCCAUAACUAAGGGGUUAAAUACUUAUUGACUCAAGACAUUUCAGCUUUUCAUUUUUUACUAAAAGAACUGUUCUAAAACCAUAAUUCCUCUUUGACAUUAUGGGAUAUUGUGUGUAGGCCAGUGACCAAAUAAAUCUCAAUUUAGUCAUUUUUAAGUUCAGGCUGUAACACAACAUUUUGAAAAAGUCAAGGGGUGUGAAUACUUUCUAAAGGCACUGUAUGAAUAGAUGUACAAGCAAUUUCUAUACUGGUCAAAUGCAAAAGUAUAUGAAGAGAUAAUGAACUAUUUUACUGUACAAACAUUACUUAUUGUAAUCUGAAUGAAUUAGAUAGCAAUUAAAUGUUAAUCUGAAAGCACUUUUGAAAUAAAGUUACUAAAGUGUUCAAUAUAUGUACAUGUAAAAGAGUCAGUCUUCACUGAAAUUCCAUAUUUUGCCAACCUGAUACACUUAUUAGAUGCUUCUUUUGUUGUAACUCCUUUAAAUAAUUGUGUAUGGGAACAUUGUCAACUGCUCUUGAAAUUAUUAUUUGUGCUGUGAAAAUGACAUUCAAAUAGAUCAUAUUGUAGCUAAUGGGGACAAAAAGGUUCAUACCAGCAACGCAAAAUGUAUUCUGUACACAUGACUAAUCUAACAAGUAAAUAAGAGCACAUCACUACUACAUUUAGUGUAUUUAAGACAAUUAUGUACAUUUUAUGGGAGAGUAGCUACAUGGAAAAAGAAUAAUCGCUAUAAAAAUACACUUGAUAUUACAUCAAACUUUUCAGGAAAAGGAAGUUUUGUGCAUAUACUGUAUGGUUUUGUUUUUCCUCAUUUGCGUUGCUUGACAGUGCUGUAUGAUAACCAGGCUGUCUGAAUAAAGACAUGAUCUAGACGA